GUUUCUUUUUUCUGAAGUCCUUUACUUCAAUGAUCAGACUAAUUCCGAUAUUCCAAAUACCUCAGAGCUACAAAAAAGUUCGCGGAACUUAAAAUGCCUGUAAUUUGUACAAGUAGUAGAAAGCCAUCGUAUCAGCCUAUAACCUACAGAAUUCUUCAGAGGAAACAGGAGGAAAACAAGCAUGAUCCAGACACAUUGAAAACGUUCAGUGUCAGAGCAUCUGAAACAUCGUCAUUAUCAUCCGCAUCAAAAUCUCUAGUGGGGACAGCUGUACCAAAUUCUACUGCCAAGGAAAGAUUAUCACGAAGAGCGGUAUUUCAACCUCGUCGGCCUACAAUAGAAACGAUACGAUUGGCGAUAGAACAAGCAAAAAAAGAAACUAACAAAAAAAUGGGAACUGAAGAUGUAUCAGCUGGGAUCUCCCUGAACGAUGCUGCAACUUCGACUGAUAAAAAGAAGAAGAUGAUUACAAAGAAAAAGAAGCCAGGCUCAGCCAAUCAGAGCACAGUACUUUUGAAGGAUGCCUGCCGCCGAAGAAGUAAAAUCCAGCUGGGCUGAUGAGGUAGAACUCGAAGGAGGUGCCCUUCCACCUUCCACAGAAGUCUACGAAAACGGUUUCAAGAUCGUCACCGAAUACAAGUACAAUGAGGACGAUAAAAAAGUGAAAAUCGUACGUACCUAUAAAGUAGAAAAGAGAAUCGUAUCCAAAACUAUCGCUAAAAGGAAAUGCUUGAAGAAGUUUGGGGAAGCCUCGAAUGACAAACCUGGACCCAACCCAGCUACUACGAUUGUUGCCGAGGAUGUGUACAUGCAGUUUCUUACAAGCAAAGAGGAGGAUAAUAAGACGGAGGAUGAUGCGUUGGAUAAAUUGAAAGCUCUGGGUGACAAAAAUGUGGUAAAGUGUCGUAAUUGCAAUGGUGACCAUUGGACCUCAAAAUGUCCAUGGAAAGAUACAAUAAUUGCAGGAGGAAAGAUUGAUGAUAAAAAGGUUGGAGGUCCUGUCGGUACCCCCGGUGCCGUGGGUGGAGACAACAAGCAAACAGGAUCCAAAUAUGUGCCUCCAUCACUUCGAGAUGGUGCUAAGAGAGGAGAAGGUCCCAGUGCCAUAAGACGCGAUGAUAGUUAUUUUACUGUCCGUAUUGCUAAUCUGAGUGAUAGCACUACUGAUGCCGACUUGGAGGAUCUUGUCAGGCCAUUUGGGCCGACUUCGAAGGUCUUUUUGGCUAAAGAUAAGAUCACAGGCCAGUGCAAAGGGUUUGCGUACGUUCACUUCAAGUUUAGGAAUGAUGGUGCCAAAGCUAUCGCCAUGCUAAAUGGUUACGGUUAUGAUCAUCUUAUUCUCACUGCUGAUUGGUCAAAGCCUGCCAAUACUAACUAAUAAAUAAAUACAUCAUUCUUUCGGUAUUUCUUUUUUUACUGGGUUCCUUAACAAUGUGUCUGUUAUGGAUGGUAGCAGCAUCCUUGAUAUAAAUUUUAUCAGACUUUAUCAAUAAGUGUUGUUGAUAUAAUGCUGUUAACCAUAACAGACAAGGAAACAAUUAAAUCACAAAUAUUGCGUAUGUAAAAGUUAAUGUGACCAAUUUCAAAUAAGGUUAACAUUCUAGUAAGUCAAAACCCUAUAUUAUCAUUGGACAAAUCUAAUCUAUUUUAAAACCAUCAGUGCAUCUUGUUAAAUACUAUAUUACUGUUUUCCACUUUUUUAAACAACAAUGUUAUCCUAUCUAAAAAUUCAAAUAAACUUAUGCGACUUGUAAGCAACACUGUCCCUUAUUCUGGC